CUGUGGUUCUUUUGUCGGGGUGAAUCACCACGGCCAGUCAACACUUCUCGGAUGCUCUUUGAUGAAGAACGAAGAAAUUGAAUCAUUCAAAUGGUUAUUUCAAUGCUGGCUUCGUUGCAUGGGAGGAAACGCUCCGAAAGGGUUUCUCACCGAUCAGUGCGCAUCAAUGAAAAGGGCUUUAGAGGCCUGUAUGCCAACAACAGUUCACCGCUGGUGUAUUUGGCACAUCAUGAAGAAGAUUCCAAGCAAAUUAAACGGGUACAAGGCACACGCCGAUAUCGAACAACAAAUGAGCGAUGUUGUUUGGAACUCUCACAGCAAAGACUCGUUCGAUAGGAAUUGGAACGAUUUUCUGGUGAAUUUUGGUCUUGCCGACAACAAGUGGCUCUCAGAUCUGUACGAAGACCGUCACAUAUGGGUUCCUGUUUAUCUGGACCACCACUUCUGGGCAGGGAUGAGAAGCACACAAAGGAGCGAGAGCAUGCAUUCAUUUUUUAACAAGUACAUCACCCGUAACAGCUCGCUCAUUCAGUUCGUCAAACAGUACGAUAAUUGCCUCGGAAGCAGGGAGCAAGCAGAGAGAGAAUCAGAUGCUGCAGAUUUUCAUACGGUCAUACCAUGUGCAACCAAAUCCCCCAUCGAAACUCAGUUUCAAGAUGCGUACACCCAAGCAAAGUUUAGGGAAGUCCAAGCCCAAUUCAGAGGAAAGGCGAAUUGCAUCACCAGAUUAAAGAAUUCUGCUCUAGGCUAUUCAGUAUACGAAGUCGGAGAACAAGUUUCCAGUUCAAUAUUGGACAAGUUCGCGGUUACCUACGACUCAGUAGCAGCCGAGGUAAAAUGCCAAUGCUUAUUAUUCGAGUCGAGAGGGAUACUAUGCCGUCACGCACUAAGCGUGUUAAGCUUCGAACAAGUAAGCCAAGUGUCUCCUAGGUACAUACUGGAACGAUGGAGCAAGAAGGUAAAGAGGCGACACACACACAUCAAGAGCAGCCAUGACGAGCCACUAAUUGAGCCAAGAAGCAAGAGGUUCGACCAACUUGUUUUCCGUUCGCAAAAUAUUUGCGAAUUUGCCUCCGAAUCAGAGGAGCUGACUGCAAUUCUGCACCGUGCGUAUGACAACGUCAUGGCCGAGAUGGAAGCAGUAAAAGCCAAAAGGAAGGGGACAUCCUCUUUAUCCCACGAAGACGCCAACUUGGAAUCCGUUAACGAGCUUCAAAGCCCGCCAAGGAUUUGAACAAGAGGACGUCCAAAAAACAGGCUAGGUUCAAAGCUGGAGAAACAGAUUGC